GGCUAGUUUGCAUGUAUAUAAGUCCCAUAUAAUCCCGCUGUCUCUAUCAGCCCAAUUUUCAAACCAUCAUCAGCUCCUAGACUUUUACCGCCCUUCCAAGAACUGUUUCCCAUCCUCCUUCACCUACUCCGUACGCAACCAUGCCUGAUAACUUCCGCUACUCGUCCGUAGAUGGUGUGCCGGACCCGUCACGAAGGGCCGCAGCCCCUGUCCACUCGUACAACCGUGGUUCGGACGUCUUUGAUUUCAAUGAUGCCUCUCAAUUUGCACCAACCCUGCCGAAUGAUGGCCCAUAUCCUCGAAGCCCUAGUCACAUGAUGCCAUCCUACGGCUUUGCUGCCUGGGGCAAUCCCAGUCAACCAUCUGGCCCCGAGUCGAUGCAACACGCCGCUCGAUUUCCCUCUCAAGCAAAUGGGGGCUAUGUUGACGCAGACCUCGAUGCUCUUGCACCGCCCUUCAACGGCAGCGCACAGUUGUUGCCCAUGAGCUUCGAGCAGGAACCCCAAGCGUAUACCUACCUUGGGUCUUCAGCCUCUGCUCAAGAUGGCUACUCCCCUGCCAACCCUGCACGGGACGCUGUUCAUGCCGGCCAAGUGACCCAAGUGCACAACCGUCCAAUCCUCGAGCAAGGGGCACUGGAAGACAAGUGCGUGUGCCUGUGGAAGGACUGCCCCCACCAGAGGCCGUUCAACCGCAAAGCAGACGUAUUACGACACGUCAAGGAGUUUCAUCUAUCGAUCAAAGACAAAUGUGUCGACCCCGAUUGCCCCAAGGAAUCCCCCAGGAGGGAGAGGAUGAAGGAGCAUAUCAAGAAGGUUCAUCCGUCGUUGGCGCAAAUAUUGGAGAAUUACGUAGCGCUACUUGAAUAG